AUGAAUUUAGUCCUCAGAGGCCUAACAUGGAAAGCGGUGUUAGCCUUUCUGGACGAUAUAGUAGUGCUUGGUAAAAGUUUCAGAGACCAUAUGGUUAAUCUGAAAGAGGCCUUGCAGAGGUUUCGCACAUACAAGCUGAAACUGAAGCCUAAGAAAUGUAUCUUUUUUCAGAAAGAUAUAGAAUUCUUGGGAAGGAAUGUCAGUGGCAAUAGCUUAGCUAUGUCUAAGACUGACAUUGAAGUGGUCCAGCAAUGGCCGGUUCCAACAUGUGCAAAGCAUGUGGAACGGUUUAUGGGUUUAGCGAACUACCAUAGAGGCUUCGUUAAGAACUUUUCGAAGUUAGCUGAACCUCUGUAUGCUGUGACAGGCCAACGUCAGUUUGUAUGGCGGGAAGAGCAGGCUAGAGCUUUUGAAGCUUUAAAAGAAGCUCUGACGCAGCCGCCUGUGUUGGCCUUGCCAACCGAAACUGAUAAAUUCAUCUGGACACGGAUGCCUCUAAUAAUUCUAUUGGAGCAGAAUACUUCAGGUCCAGGAUGGCAAAGAAAAGGUCAUUGCAUAUGGUAG